AUGCCCAUCCAACUCAACCCUUGCUCCUCCUCCUCCUCGUCCUCCUCCAACACGAUCACUGGUGUUUCAUCAACCUUCUCCACAUCAGAUCAACGGGGGCAACAAUCGCAUUCGCAGUCACAACAAGCACAACUAAAUACCACAUUGACCGCGGUUCCACCAUCUGAUACCCCCAGAGAGUCCGGAAACGGGCAAUUGAGCCAGGAAGAUGCCGACAGACUAAUAUGA